UUUGUGGUGUGGGGCGGAGGGUUUUCAAUGCACUCACGGGAAUUCCCCUUCUCCCAAUUUUUCUACUUCUGAAUUUAUGUAAAUAUAGAAUUUAUUGCUCUGUAUUUAGUACUAAUAUUUUUGAAUUUUAUUGGCCAAUAAGAGAGCAAUAAAAUAUAUUUUAUGUAACUUUCAAACUGUGAUUUAUCUGCCCCAAGAUGUCACUACAUUAAAAGAAAAAUCUAAAAAUACAGGAGAGUGCAUAAACCACAAGUAUCAGUUACAGACUUGGCGGUGACAUUUCAAAAAGAUUGCACAAAUAUAAUAAACAAAGCCGGAUUUAUUUACUAACAACAAAAUGAGUCUGCCUUUAUUCAGCUUGCUGAUGUUCUGUUUACCAGCCAUGGUGUCAGGAACUUGUGGUGGACAUUUGUGGAAAGCAUCCUGGGUGGAUAAGCCAAGAAGUGAUCUGCAUUGCAUUCUGGGUGUUUAUUGCAGAAAUACAACAACUCCAACAAAAAGUGAAGAAUAUGACACAUGUUGUAAAUGUCAUUCAUGUGCAGUAUGGGAAGGAAGUGAGUUAGAGCUAUUUAUAGAAUAUGCCUCUGUGUUAGGUGGAAGCUUGGUCCUGUCUGAUCAAGCUCCUAGUGAUACUGAAGUCUAUAAAAUUGAGCAUCGGAAUGCUGAUAUGACAGAAAUUCCAAGCAAUCUUUGCAACUGGGAUUCUGAAUCAAGUCUACAAGAUAAGUAUCCAGAUGAGUUUGAAAAUAUAAAACCCUUCUGGGGGAAAAUUGUGAAGAUUAACUUUGAAAAUAACAAAAUCAAGAAACUUCCAAACAUUAAUUGUUUAGUUCGCCUUGAUGAGAUGAAUCUUAGAAACAAUCAAUUGCAGCAUGUGUCAAAUACUUCCUUUACAAAUCUACGGAAUCUGAGAUCAAUAUCAAUGUCUGGAAACCAGAUCAAAGAAAUUGAUCCAAAUAUUCUAACAUCCAAGUCCCUGCACUAUCUUUUUUAUGUUGACUUCAGUAAAAAUGAAAUGUCAAAACUAGAUGCUUCCAACAUGUUCACCUUGUACCCAUUCUGUAAGAUAGACUAUAGUUCAAAUGAAAUUACAGAUUUAGUAAAUGAAGCAGAUUUUACAAUGGACAUGAACAAAACAUAUGGACCAGGAUAUGUAGGUGUAGCGGAUAAUAAACUUAGCACCUGGCCAGACUUUGAAAUCAUUUUUGGCCUGAAUGAUAUAACAGAACUUGGGCGUUUGAUUAAUUUUGGAUUUGAUUUUCGAGGAAUGAGCCUUGUCUGUGACUGCAAUAUUCAACAAUUUCUGGAGAAAGCAUAUAACAUUAUAAAUGUUUUAUGGAGAGGCUACAUGAAUUUAACAUGCAGUGAACCUGAAAGUGUUGCCGGCCAUCUCGUCUGGGAUAUCUAUGAAAAAGAACCUGAAAGCUUUGUUUGUCCAGUUGAAGAUGGUUGUGACCCAAGAUGUACUUGUGUUGAUGAACCGAAAAAGAACACAUCUUUUAUUGACUGUUCAAACUCCGAUCUACAGCGGUUACCUGAAAUACCUUACUCUCGAUUUUCUUACUUUGUGGCAUUAAAUGUAUCAAACAAUCAAAUAUCAACCAUAGAAAAUGUGUCAUACCUUCAUAGAAUAUCUAUACUGGAUAUCUCUGGUAACAAUCUAAAAGAAAUAAACAAAACUAUAGCAAAUCGUCUUGAAAAUGCCACAUAUAUUGACAUCUCCAACAAUCCAAGACUAAAGCAACUUGCACAAAUGUUCCAGUACCAUAAUGUGUGCUCCCGUCACAUGAAAAACCUUCAAAUAAGCUGUGACUGCCAGUCAAAAUGGAUUGAAAAAUGGGUUCAUUCGAGGUCAUGUAAUGAAUUCCAAAAUAAUUUGUUUCAAUGUGAAAUUCCUAAUAUAGGUAUAAGGAGAGCUCUUGACUUCAAUCCUGAAGAUCUAGAAUGUUCGCCUGAAGGUUUCCUAUUUUUUCUUGAGACAAUAAUAGCUGGGGUUAUUCUGAGCCUUGUCUUAAUAGGAAUUCUUGUGUAUACCUUCCGCUAUGAAUUACUUAUUCUUUGCCUUCGUUUGAGACAGAAAAGUAGAAACAUUGUUGUCCCUCUCUAUGAAUAUGAUGUUUUCCUUUCCUUCAAUGAUGCAGAUGACGAUGUUGACAGAUGGGUAAAUAGUAAACUUGAACCAGAACUUACAAAUGCUAGUUACUCAGUCUUUCAGCCAAACCGGGAUGUUGCAUUUGGGGCUGAAAGAGACUCAGAAAUAAUUGACAUUCUCUCUAAAACACGCAAUUUCCUUGCAAUAAUGUCUGAAAGUUAUCUCCAAGAGAGUGAAGAAGGAAUGAGAUCAUGGACCGAGAACGAAUGGAAAUAUGGAUGGAACAAUUUCAAAACAGACAGAUCCAAGAACAUAGUACUCGUUAACUUUGACUAUUUGUCAUCAUUUGAUGUCAACAAACCACAGAUAAAAGCCUUUCUACGAGUUGGCUGCACUGUUGACUUUAAGAACUAUGACAGGAAAAUCAUGCAGCAAAUCUUUGAAAAGCUUGGGAAACCUUGCAGAAUUCCUUCCCUUGCUGUUAAAACAUUUGACAACAAAAAAGUUAAUUUUAACAAAUAUGACAUCUUUAUGGUUGCAACUACAGAUGUAAAACUUCAUUCUCAUAUGCCUAACAUAGAUGAAGAGCAAGCAGAUAUUCAAUUCAAAAGAAAUGUUUUGAUAAAUACAGGUCACAACAUUGAAUGUAAACCACCAGAAAAUGGACAACAGAAACAUAAAAAAACUUUAAAACCAGUUGAGCAAAGAAAAGUUUGUAAACACAGGAAGUGCUAUGCAUGUAGACAUGGAAGCACAAAUACUUAAAAUAAGUAAAAUAAGUCAUAAAGUUUAAGUUUAGUACAGGAGUUUCUUUUUAUAGUAUAUUAACCUGUGGUUGCAAUUUCACUUAAAAUAUUUGACAUAAUUAUUAUGUACCAUUGCAUAAUAUUUUUAAAAUUAACUUGACAUUGGGUGCGUGAGCCCCAGGUAGCACAGAUAAUCAUAGACCACUUGUACUGCAGGCCCUUUGCUUGGCACCAACAGCCAUUUUCAGGGCUACCCCCUUUUCAUAAUUGUCUCAGGUUGCUGUACAUUAAGGUUCUCAUUGACCGCCGUAAAGUAAUUACUUUUGGCUCAAAAUUCAUAUCUUUGGCUUAAUACUCUGUGGAAAUUGCAUGGAUAUAAAUCAUUACCACUUUGUGCUUCAAAAUUAACCCUUUGAGGGCAAUUGACUGAUGACAUGUCUGGGGUGUGUACUCCAACAGCAAAAACUGCUUUUUGUGCCUUAUGGGUGGAUGGACCCUCAUUUAAAAUAGACUAACAUACAUACAUACAUGGGUAUCAGAAGUUCAUUUAAUUAGGUAUCUCAAGGAGUUUUGACAUUCUGCUGCUAAUUUUUGAAGAAGUCUAAACAUAUCCAAAAGCUCUCUAAGGUUAAUUAAUAAAUUUAUUUAUUUUAGGCAGUUUGCCAUGUAAAUAUACCUCAGAGAUUAUCUUAAUUCACUGAAACAUUUUUGAUAAAUUUGUGAGUAAUUUAAGCAUUUUUUACAGUGGUAAUUAAGAUUAAUAUCUUUUUUUUUUAUCUCAUUGGCAGUCAUCUUGAAAUAUUAGAUCUUUAUUUUUGUUAAUAUAGAUUAAAACAGGGCUUGCUACUACAAUUGUAUUAAGAUGUAUCAGAUUAAUAGCACUGAUUCAUUAGAGUUAUUUUUUUUCUUCAUAUUUUCAGAUGUAACAUUUUUAACAACCUUCAACUGGUUUUAAGUUUAGAUCUUUUAUUCAACUAGUUAAUUUUGAUAAUCAUAUUUUUGGGUAAAAAAAAAUUUCUAUUUAAAUACACAUUGUAAACUGGAUUAGCUUUAACUUAGUUAAGUGUGAAUAAAAACUUAGUUUAAUAAAAUUUUGAUUCAGUUCAUUUGAGUUUUAUUUCCCUUUACAAGGCAAAAGCUGGUGUCAUCCGGACAGAUAGAUUUUCCCCAUUAAAGAGUACUCUUGAGCAAAAUAACAACAUUAAAAUGUAAUAAGUUUUGUUUGUUUUUGGGUUUUACGUCACAUCGACACAGUAUAGGUCAUAUCGCGACGUUCCAGCUUUACUGGUGGAGGAAGACCUCAGGUGCCCUUCCGUGCAUUAUUUUAGGCACGAACGGGCACCUGAGUAGAACCACCGACGUUCCGUAAGCUAGCUGGAUAGCUUCCUCACAUGAAAGCAUCCAAAGUCCCUGUCGGGAUUUGAACCCACAGAGGUGAGGGGCAAGUGAUUUGAAGUCUACGACCUUCACCACU